UUUCAUUCCCCCCGAGUUGAAAAUGGAGUUCGAUUAAAGCAGAUGUCCACCAACUUCUCAAGGAAAUUUCAAGUCUAGGUGCUCUUGCUGUACGCCGUCAGUAUUCAUAUUGAAAACAGUUGAACCCUUUUUUUUGGCUUUGGAUGCCUUUACUGCAAAUUACUCGGACACGUUGACGGAGCAACGCUCCACAGCGCUUUUUCAAGUGUUGUCCUGGAGCUGAAGUUGGCGAAUGGAUGCUCGACAGUCAGCCAUAAAUAACCUGCCAAACGUUACAGCCUGCAACAUUUUUUGAGGAUCUAUUCACAUUUUUUGCAAAGCGGGGAACUGUCCUUGUUGAAGAGGAUGAUCCCGAUGGCUCAUUUGUUGUGGUCGGAUUUUACUUCCAGGGAGGAUAAAAUGAAUCAACGGUUGUCAUUCCUCCUCGCGAUUUAACGUUAGUUCCAGGCAGCGAAGCUAACGUGAAGCUAGCUCCUCUUGGCUUUCUAAGGGACGCUUACACAGGCAUGCCCCAUUCUACAUCCUUUACUUACUAUCCAAAAUAGGGGGUCAUUUCUAUAUGUGAAGGAAAAUGGUGAUAUUUGUGGUAUUUUAUCCCGCCGUCACUGCGUCGUCGAUGCUAUUGCUAGGAUUUGGAUCCCCGUGAGGAAAAAAUGAGUGAAGAUUCAACAAAUCCAAACAACGAUGACAGUUAUGCGCGUGUGAGAGCAGUGGUCAUGACUCGGGAUGACUCCAGUGGUGGGUGGCUUCCCCUGGCAGGCGGAGGCCUUAGCUGUGUCACCGUCUAUAAGGUCAGCCGGGCAGAGGACAGCGGCAGCAUCCACAGCGGAGGCAGCGGAGGAAGCAGCAGCAACCUCAGCCCGUGUAGCUCCACUCCUAGUCCCAGCCCCAGCCCCAGUCCCAGCCCCACCGCUGUGGAAUAUCACAUCAAGGGCGAAAGGCUCAAAGACAAAUCGGUGGUGCUGGAGUGUGUCCUGCAGAAAGACGUAGUAUACAACAAGGUCAACCCCAUCUUCCACCACUGGAGGAUCAACGAGAAGAAAUUCGGACUGACUUUCCAGAGCCCUGCUGACGCUCGUGCUUUCGACCGCGGCAUACGCCGGGCCAUUGAGGACAUCAACCAAGGAUUUCGGCCGUUUGGGGAAGGGGAUAUUCCUGAGGAUGGACUACCGGUGUGUGAUGAUCCUCCCUCCAUUUGUACCCCAAUGAAAGAACCUUUCUCUCCCCUGAACAACGUUGUCUCCACCGAGCCAUUCAGGGGCUGCUACGUCCGUGCCCAGCCCUUCGAGGAGUUCAACUCCAGCAACCGCCGCUACCUGCCUCCCCAGGUCUGCUUCUGCUCCACACAAAGUAUCACAUCUAAAAAAGUCUCCUUCAAGUCAACGCGCCAUGUCAGUUUUCACAUGGACGAAGAGGAGAUUGUUCGCAUCAACCCACGCAAAGACGUGCUCAUCCGCGGCUAUGAGGACUACCGACACCCUGUCAUGUGGAAACAGGAGGCCGACCGCGAGGACAUGGACUUCCCCACCGCCUUCCACAAACUGGACAGUAAGAAGUGCGAGUAUCUCUUCCCCGAUGGGCCGUGUGGGGACUCCCACUCUGGCCCCGGCAUGGGCAUUGGAACAGGUAUGGGGCUGGGUCUUGGCAAGGACACGGCCAUCAAGACUCAGCCCUCGCCCCUGCUCAAGUCCAAAAAGGGCCGGCGGCGGCGAGAAGAUGGCGAACGUUCGCGCUGCAUCUACUGUCGGGAGAUGUUCAACCACGAAGACAACUGGCGGGGGCAGUGCCAAGAUGCCCCCGACCCCAUCAAGCAGUGCAUCUACAAAGUCAGCUGCAUGCUCUGCGCCGAGAGCAUGCUGUACCACUGCAUGUCCGACUCCGAGGGCGACUUCUCAGACCCCUGCUCAUGUGACACGUCCGACGAGCAGUUCUGCCUGCGCUGGCUGGCCCUGGUGGCGCUUUCCUUCAUCGCGCCCUGCAUGUGCUGCUACCUGCCCCUGCGCGCCUGCCACCACUGUGGCGAGGCCUGCCGCUGCUGCGGGGGCAAGCACAAGGCCGCGGGGUGACCCGACAAUGGACUCUGGGACACCCUCAAAGCUAGCUAACACAGGAAGUGGAUAAAUGCGGAAUAAUUAAAAGCCGGCAUCCUUUUUUCAUUCCCCUCUCAGACGGGGUGAUAUGUUGUUGAUCCCCAGCUCUGAGGGCUUUUGGAGAUUUCAGUUUGUGUUUGUCGCCGACAAGCAGCGGUGGAGGACAAACCAUAUGCUUUGUGGGAGCUCUGAGCAUCAAGCUAUGUUCAGGAGCUCAAACUGAGGAGAAGAGCAGCAGGCAACGUCAAGAUUAAUAGACUUGGAGAUGUUACUAAACACACCUGUACACACACACACUCACACACAAACCUAUCUCUCACAUUCACACUCAUGCAUUGACAAAAGCCAGGCCACAAAUGUCAGGACUCUACUGCAAGAAAUGUGUAACUUUAUGAAGGAAAAAUUGUCUUUUGUACAGAGAGUGACAACUUAUUGACAAAAAAAGAAAACAAAACUAUUCUGCGUUUCAGAAAAAAUACUUGCUGUUUGAGUAUGCUAAAAGGGAUAUGUUCUUGCUUUUUUGUGAAUUUACAGUUGGGUAACAGUGGCCUUUCCUUCAUGGCUUAAGCAUUCGCUGACAAUGUAAUUACUAGACUGAGAAAAAGUGCACUAGAAAUGGUUUUCCCCCCUGAGUAAAGUUAACCCCCUCAAAUUCUUGUGGUACAUUAACCACCAUAUGUAUUGUAAUUUUAACAUUUAAGAGAUGUUUCUGUGGUGGAUGUAUGGCCAAUUUUUUGUUUUCCUUUCCAUCGAAUGUUGAAAAAAAUCAGAAGGUAAGCGCUUGUUUUUGAAGGUGCAGCUUGGUAUUGUUUUUGACAUUAAUGUUAAAAUGAUUACCUUGCUUUCCCGAGGUGAUUUAGACUAUUUGAUUGCAUUCCAAAAUAAAGGGAUCGAUUCCAUGAUUAGAAGGGAUAAAAUGGUAAUGACUUUACCAUGAAGAGUUCCCCAAAAUAGUUUUUUCCACAUCAUGAAAAUAGCAUUAAAACCUCUUGAACCGUUUAACUUUUGAAGCCAACACGUGACGAUUUGAUUUCCUCCAGUGAAUUCCAGUUUUAGUCCAGUUAUUUACUGCUGUUGUGAAAUUGGUGUUUUUGUUCCUUAUUUGUUAUUUUCCUGCUCAUUUUAUAAUUAUUUUUUAAACAAAAGCUGAAAUGUUGCUCAACCAGCAAGUUUUGUUUCGGUGAGUAAAGGGGUUACAGUACUCCUUGGUUUAAUGAUGAGGCACUUAAAUUAGGUUAUUCUUUUAUUGGGAAUCCUUCAGAUUUUAUAAUUAGUCUGUACAUAUAUUCAACUAAUAUAACAUUUAAUUUGCCAUUGGGAAUACUCCUCCUGAAAGCACUGCUCUCCAAGCUUUGGUUGCAGCACCCUCUCCAAAUUUCCAUGUUUGUCCCAUGAAUCAGUUUUUUUGUUUUCUUUUAAUUUCCCUUCACAUCCUGUUUAAAUGUAGUACUUCUUUGUUCCUCAAAAGUUCACUCCUUCCGUAUGUCUUCAUUUAACAGGCCCUGGAUGAAUGAAUGCAUUGUUUCAGGAAUGCUGAGUAUCUUAGCUAUUAAACAUACGUGUGUGUGUGUGUGUGUGUGUGCGCGUGUGCGUGUGUGCGUGUGCGUGCAGGUCUACAUAUGCACUGUUAAUCUGGUGUCAUGUAACGUCACCACUGACUUUGUGAUUAAGGCUUUGACUUGUAACCUGUUUCCUGAAGCAUCUUUGACUAUUUAACAGAGAGAUGAUCGAACUGUUAGAGGAAGAGUUUAACAUUCUAGGAAAUUCCCUUAUCUGCUUUCUUUACAAAGAUUUGUGAGAAGAUCAUUCAACUGUGUAUCUGUAGGUAUUGUUAAAUUGGAGCUAGCAGUCGCUUAGCUUUGCAUAUAUUUUAGAAACAGUUCAAGAGCUAGCCUUGCUCUAUCUAAGAAUCUCUGGAUGAAACCCUCUUUAUUGUCACAUACAUGCACACAUCAGAGCACACACAGUGAAAUUGGUCCUCUGCAUUUAACCCAUCCUAGUACUAGGAGCAGUGGGCAGCUAUUGUGCAGCGCCCGGGGAAAAAAUGUAACAAACUCUGCUUUAUUGCACUUUAAAUUUAAGUGAAUAACAUGUUUUAUUUAUUGAAAGUUUCCAAAAACCAAAGUGUAAAGAUGACAAUUUGUGGUUUUACGGCGGGUCAUGUGUGGGACUAUUUCAUGGACGGGCACAGUGACUACCAUGUGUUCUGUUGUCAUCAGGAGGAUACUGUGCCUGGACAAAAAAAAAAACUCACCUAAUUCUCUGUAAAACCUCAAUUUGCCAUUUUUGCACUUUGGUUUUUGCACACAUUAAAUAAACAAGAUGUAAUGUAUUGAUUAGUGAGCUUUAGCUGUAGUAGGAUUGUGUUACUCUUGGACAGAGCAACCUUCCCUUGCGCUAAGCAGCUUCAUUUAUUUUGGGGGGGGCAACCAGUGCCUUUAAUACAGUGUAGUUCAGAAACGGGUAGACAGAGGGGAAGAGGGACUAAAAGAGAUUUGAACCUGGGUCCACCGCAUGGGGUUCAAACCCCUGUAUCUGGCCGCCCGCCCCCCACUGAGCUAUACGACAGCUGGCAGCUUCAUAUUUAACGGCUACAUAUGAAAGUAGUAUAAAUCUUCUCCUCUGACUCUCAACAAGAAGGCACAUAAGUUAAUUCCCAAAAUGUCAAACUACUUCCUUAAGAUCUUUUGGGGGAACAGGAAGUCUAGUUGUGUUUGAAUCCUAUUUCCCGCCCAAAAGAGAAGAACAUUUUUCAAUUGAACUGGCUUCCUCAACUAACUAAAUGUUGACUCGGACUAGUACUGAACGACGACAGACUCCCGACAGUAAUACCAGCUCAGCCUGGAUGUCUGGCUGCAAUAACUGGUGAAAAUGUUCCUAACUAAGGCAUUGGCAUGUUUGAGAUUAAUGCUAUUUGUGAUUCACCGCAGUAUUUAACAGCAGAUCUGGCGUGACAUCCAUGUGCUGUUGCUAACAGAUAUGCGUCUCCUCUCACUCCUGGCUAAAAUAAUAGUAGUAGUAGUAGUAGUUGUGGCACUUCGGAUUGCAGGAGAAACAUUUAUUUUCCUAAUUCCCCCCUGACCGACGCUCCCUUUACUUUCUAUGCAAACUUUCUAACGUGGGAAACACAUUGACCUCUCUGCAGACUGAGUCAGUGACGGGAUAGGACACUUUAACGCUAUAUAUAGGUAGACGACCGACCCCUGGUACCAAACUCCAAACAACCUGUAAAUACUUAACACUAUAUUUAAGUUCUGAUAAUAAUCCCAGCUUUUUUGUCUUUGAAAUUUUAAAGAUAGAGCUGUAUUUAUCGUUGCUGUCAGCAUAUACCGUAGCUUCAAUUGACAGCAUUAUGUACAUAGGUCACCUUUUAGUAUUAUUUCACAUUGAAAAGUAGAGGGCGUUUGUGAUGGAAAUGACUAUUGAGCUUCUAAUAGAGUUUCUCUCUAGUUUUGUACGGUAGAAGGAAGGAUAGUGCUAACACGGUACAGUAGUGGCAGUCCACUUGUUUCAAAAAGUUUGAUAUAUAAAUAUAUAUAUAUACAUACAUACAUAUAAAGCUGCUAGAUACAAUCACUAAUUUUAUUGUGUUGACAGAGAAAAAUCAGCUAUGAACGACUGUUAAACCCUAAUUCUCCAACAGCAUAUAACCAUGACAGUGAGUUUUUAAAUGUUUGAUUGCUCUGUGUGAGUGGACACUUGUGCUUGUGUGUGGGUGCGCGAGUGUUACUAUAUAUGUGCGUUCUUGUGUGCCCACGAGUGUGUGUGCGUGCGUGCGUGUUUGUGUGUUUCCAGUGUGCUGGCUGUGUGAGUGCGGGGUUGGUGUGUAACCAGAUGUUUGGUUGGUUGUCAUAUUCUCCCAUUGUAAUUGGAUUGCCCUGCAUUAUUGCAAGCUGAACCAAGGUUUGAUGAACCUGAUUAAAACUUGCUGGCUGAGAAGCAAAAAAUGUAGGACGUGCAUUUAUACAAAGUGUAGAGAAUGCUGAAAUAACACUUCUCAUUCUGCAUUAACCAGCACAGUGCAACUUCCUGUCAUGUACUGUAUUAUAUAUGCAACAUGUGUCUGUCUGCUUUAAUAUAUAUAUUUUUUGACCUGCAUUAUAUAAGACUUCAGUUUUAACCACUUUGCUGCUAGUCUUUUAUCCUCUUUCAAUCUUGGAAAUUGUGCAUAUCUUUGGGAAUGCAUACAAGUGUACAUUCUUGACAUUGUGUAGAUUUAAAAAAAGAAAAAAGCUAUAUAAACCUGUUUCUCUUCAGUGUAUUGUUUUAAAAAGGUUAUUUUUCACAGCAGUUGAGUGGUUAUGUUUCAAUUCUCCGAUGCUUUGGUGCACUGAUGAUACUAUAUGUAAGCUUUUUUUCAUCUUACAGCGCUUGAUGUAACAUUUAUGUGAUUAGUUCUAAAUAGUGGAAGACAUUUGUGUUUUGAAACUUGCAGUAUAAAUGGUACUACUCUUAACUAUUCUGUAAACACUGCCUGUUUUCUUUCUUUUUUCUUUCUUUCACUCUCUCUCUGUGCAUAUUUCUUUCCUGUGCAUCUAUUUUUUCCUUAAGUUUCUUAAUGCCAUCGGCUUUCACAUCCUGACAACCUCAAAAAAGUGCCUCACGUCCAUCCUAGUUUCCAUUUUAUAAUUAAGCAUCUCUCGUUCUGGUUCUAUUGGUUUCUACACGUCUAGGUAUUUCUUCUCAUGGUUCGAGAAUACCAAGUAUAUGAUUUAUAGUCCCAAUAACUCAUGUCAUAGUUGUAUUUUCUUUAUACAGAUGUAGCUCGUUACUUUUCAUAAAUAUAUAAUGUAAAUAUGCAUACAUAUGUUUGUAACUGUUUUUAUGUUACAUCAUACACUUGUAAUUUGACAUAUCAAAUAACAUUAUCAUAAUAAAAUGGUGAGUUUUAAUCUUU